GUUAACGCCGAAUAACAUUGAAAAUUGAAAUUCGAAAUCAGAAUUUGAAAGAAUUUCUGAUAAUUUUGUAUUGAUGAAAUGAUUAGUUGAUUAUGCGAAAUUAGUCAUACAUUGUUUUAAGUUUUAUUCAUAACAACGUACUUCACUUCAAGUUCCACUCAAAAUUCAUUUAUGCAACAGUUCCUCAGCAUAUAAUCUCACAUCAUCAUUAUUUCAUAAAUCAACUGCUCAAGUCGAAGCUAACCGCUAACUUAUGUCUCAUAUUUACAGUAUUGUCGAGUAUUAUGGAUUCCAAACAACUAAUUCGUGCGGAUAUUGUAAAACACCCCGAGGACACAGCGAUUGCGGUAUGUGGCUCCAUUACCUGACCCCAAACGAUUACCAAAAUUUAAUCGAUAGAGGAUGGCGUCGAAGUGGAUGCUACGGGUAUAAACCUAUGCUUGAAACUGCUUGUUGUCAAAUGUACACCAUAAGGUGUGCCGCUUACAGUGUACAAUUGAAAAAAAGUCAGAAAAAGUUGAUCAAAAGGAUUAACCGGUUUAUCACCAGUGGUGAUCGCAAAAAAUGGCAUAGCAAAGAUUCUCAAGCAGCAGUAUCUGAGGGUAUGGAUUCUCACGAACCUCGAUCUCCUGAAAACAACGUGCAAUGUAUCUCAAACUCGUCACCUUCUCAAGACGUACCAGUGCCUACCGAGACGAAGAUAAUCGUCGAUACUCCGAAAGCUGAAUCCGCUUCGUUAUCCGAAAAUGUCACCGAUCCGGCUCCAAAUCCGAAUCUAUCUGCCAAGAAUAGCAACAAAAGGAAAACAUUCCGGAUCGAAAGAGCUAUUCAACGAGUCAUGAAUAAAGGAGGUGUUUCUAGAGAAGAAGCUAUUAAAACAUUCAAAACCAAGGUGAAACAACCAAAAUUAAAAUCUCUCGAAGAAUUUCUCAGUGAAUGUGAUAAACCCAAUUCUGCUCAUAAACUCGAACUGAAAAUAGUUCAGUCUAGUCCUUCAAAUGAAACAUUCGAAAAAACAUUCGAAGCCGAAUACGAAGUCUAUCGUAAAUAUCAAGUUACCAUUCAUAAAGAUAAACUAGAAAGUUGCUCUCCUAAUCAGUUUCGAAGGUUUUUAGUUAAAUCGCCUCUUGAACCUGUACCCAUCGAAGGAGAUAACCCUCCUGUUCCAAAUUACGGAUCGUAUCAUCAACAGUAUUGGUUGGAUGGUAAAUUAAUAGCCGUUGGAGUUAUUGAUAUUCUUCCUCGAUGUGUUUCAUCCGUAUACUUCUUCUAUGACCCCGAAUACAACGAUUUAGUUCUAGGAACGUAUGGAUCGAUGAGGGAAUUAGAACUGGUGAGAAAACUGCAAAAUUGCGUUCCAUCGUUGCAGUUCUAUUACAUGGGAUUCUACAUCCACACGUGCCCAAAAAUGCGCUAUAAAGCUCGUGUUUCUCCGUCCUUCCUGCUGUGCCCCGAAGUAUACUCGUGGCAUCCCAUAUCGCAAUGCUUACAGAAGCUUGACGAAUACGGUUACAGUAGAUUAAACGAAGAUCCCAACGCAAAAGACGCGAAUCUCUCCACAGCUAUUCAAAGUGUUUUAGUUCUAUAUCGAGAGAAAAUAAUGAGAUAUGGAGAUUUUUUGCGAAAAGGAGGAUCCGGCGACGAUCAUGAAAUCAAAGAGUAUUUGAAAGCUGUCGGUAAAGAAUGUGCUAAUUCGAUGAUAUUGUACAGAAGAUAACAUAACUUGUGCCGGUUUCUGUAACGUACCUGCCGAUCGCAGAUAUCGUUGUAAAUUUUUAUUGUUUUACCAAAACUAAUUCAUUGUAUAAGAAUUACGCAAUUUUUAAUCGUUCUUUCAAUCGCAUAAGUUAGUUUUAAGUCGUAACUUUUUUCUAUUAUUUUUUUUUUUUCGAAUCAUAUAUUCAUAGUAUUGUAUGUAGGUACUUUAAUGCACGUACUUAUAUGUCAGUUUUGCUCAUGAUUGUUUAUGAAAAGUGUGUAUUUGGGAAUCGUUCGAAAGAGACGAAAGAUCUUCAAAGCACUUGAAAUACUUGCGAGUUUAAUAAAUGCCGGUGAAAACAUCGAGUAUUAUGAUUGUGAUAUCAUCAAUUAUAAAUCAAACAAAUUUAUGUUUUAUUUACGAAUAUUAUAAUUAUGAAUAAAUUGUGCUGAAAUGUGUCUUA